CAGAUAUUUGACUAAUCAGACAUCUGACGUCACAUUCGUCACUGUGGCGUAAAUUAUUUCGGCUGGCAUAUUUAACAUAAGAUUAAAACUAGUUAAAUCUGGUGUUCUUAUAGAGGGAAGGGGUCCUUUUUGAAAUUAUGAACCAAUUCGUAAUCUCAGUUUAUUCGACAGACAAAAAUUGAAAUUAUUGAAGAAAGAAGUUGUUUUACGCGUUGAGAAAUUUUAAUCAUGUCUAAAAAAAGAGGAUUGAGUUUAGAGGAGAAAAGAACAAAGAUGCUUGAAAUAUUUUUUGAAAAGAAAACAUUCUUUCAGUUGAAAGAGAUUGAAAAAAUUGCACCAAAGGAAAAAGGAAUAACGCCAAUGUCUGUGAAAGAGGUCCUCCAAAGUUUAGUUGAUGAUGGUUUGGUUGAUUCGGAAAGAAUUGGAACUUCAAAUUAUUUUUGGUCAUAUCCAAGUAAGGGGAUUCAAAAUCGAAAACGUAAAGUUGAAUCACUUAAUCAACAAAUUGAUGAAUUAAAAACUCGAAAGUUAAAUUAUGGAAAAAGUGUAGAAGAAGCCAAAGAAGGAAAAGAUUUGUCUGAUGAACGUGUCAAAGUGUUAGAAAAGUUAAAUAAGCUGGAAGAAGAAAACAAGAAAUAUAAAAACGAACUUACUAAAUACAGUGAUUGUGAUCCAGAGUUAUUGAAACAACUAGAAGUUGACGUAAGUGUUGCAACCGAGGCAGCAAAUCGUUGGACUGAUAACAUCUUUUCAUUGAAGUCGUGGUGUGUCAAAAAGUUUAACAUGGAGUCUAGUGUUAUUGACAAACAGUUUGGUAUACCAGAAGAUUUUGAUUAUAUUGUUGGUUAGUCUUUAAAACAUAAUUAGUCUUUAUAACAUAAUGUUGUUUAUUAUUUACUUGUUCUAGUAUUAAAAAAAGUCUUGUAUAUUUUGUUCAUAAAUUAUUAAAACAUAUUUUAUGGAUUA